GUUUUCAUUUCGAAUUUUUAGUUCCUUUAAGAUUUAUUAGUUUUAAUCAUUAAAAUGUCACAAAAGAAUCGAGUAAUUGCUCUGUACAAAAAUCUACAAUAUUUACUUAAAGAGUAUCCAGCCGAUGCAAAGAAAAUGCAAAUUGGAUGCAAAAAAGCCUUUUUAAGGAAUAAAGAUGAGACCGACCCAAAAAAGAUCGAGGAAAUGAUUGAGAAAGGGGAGUAUGUGAAGAAAGAAAUCGAGACUUUAUAUGCACUGAAGAAGUAUCGAGCAAUGAAGAAGAGAUAUUAUGACUGAUCAUUUUUAUUUUAUGGAUAAUUUUACUAUUAUUUUAUUCAAAUAUUCCCUGUAAAUAAUAUUUUUUUAUUAAUAAAACGAAGAUGACACGGAGAUACUCUUUACGUAA